AUGACUGCCUUAAACCACACUGGUGUUAGCCACACAGUCUUCCGCUUGCUGGGCAUCCCUGGCCUUGAGGACCAGCACAUGUGGAUUUCCAUCCCCUUCUUCAUUUCCUACCUCAUCGCCCUGCUUGGGAACAGUCUGCUCGUCUUCAUUAUCCUCACAAAACGCAGUCUCCAUGAACCCAUGUACCUCUUCCUCAGCAUGCUGGCCGGAGCAGAUGUUGUUCUCUCCAUGUGCACAGUACCUCAGGCCUUGGCCAUCUUCUGGUUCCAUGCUGGGGAGAUCUCCCUGAAUCGCUGCAUCGCUCAGGUAUUCUUCCUCACUUCCACUUUCAUGUCUGAGUCAGGGAUCCUGCUGGUGAUGGCAUUUGACCGCUACAUUGCCAUAUGCUACCCGCUGAGAUACACAGCUAUCCUUACACAUGCGCUGAUUGGAAAAAUCGGUGCGACAAUCUUUCUGAGAAGUUAUGGUACAGUUUUUCCUGUUAUAUUUCUUCUAAAAAGACUGACUUUCUGCAAAAGCAACAUCAUCCCAAACACCACUUGUAAGCACAUUGUCUUGGCCAAAAUUUCCUGUAAUGACAUACGAGUAAACAUCUGGUAUGGUUUUUUUGUCCUAAUGUCCACCUUAGUCUUAGAUGUUGUGCUAAUUUUUGUUUCAUAUGUGCUUAUUCUCCGUGCUGUCUUCCACAUCCCAUCCCGAGAUGCUCGACACAAAGCUCUCAACACGUGUGGCUCCCACGUCUGUGUCAUCAUCCUCUUUUAUGGACCUGGGAUCUUCUCGGUUCUCACACAGCGCUUUGGGCGCCACAUUGCACUCCACGUUCACGUUCUGCUGGCCAAUGUCUAUACUCUCAUUCCACCUAUGUUAAAUCCCGUCAUUUAUGGCAUUAAGACCAAGCAGAUUCGGGACCUGGUGCACUUGCUUUAUUCCUCUCAUUAG